AUGACUCCUGAGCAAAGAGCUAAGCUAGAGGCUAAUAGGAAAUUGGCAAUAGAUCGGCUGAAAAAAAGAGGGAUAUUAAACAAGGACCAGUUGAAUCGAAUAGAAAGUAGAAAUGAGCCCGUGAAAGCUCCAGUUGUGGUAGCUGCUGCUCCUGCAGUUGCAGGUAGCAACCAGAGAGCUGAGGCGGGACCCUCAGCAAGUGAAAUAAACCUAGCCCAACGAUCUUCUGCGUCCGCUAAUGGUAAUGUUGCCCCAUUUUACGGUGAUGGAGGUAUGGAUAAUAGCAAGAGAGAUGCGUCACUGCCGAAUAAGAGACCGCUGGAAAACAUAAGGCCCAGCAUAAGAAGGCAAGACUAUAUCGAGUAUGAUUUUGCCACCAUGCAAAACUUGAACGGAGGUUACAUCAACCCUAAGGACAAGAUUCCGAAUCCCGGUUUUGGUGACGACGAAGACUUUGAUUCUGAGUUUGGGUCCAAGAAGCAAAAAACACUACAGGAUUGGAAAAGAGAACAACUAGAACGUAAACUGCUGUAUGAAAAUGCUCCGCCCCCGGAACAUAUCUCAAAAGCACCGAGAUGUAUUGAAUGUCAUAUCAAUAUUGAGAUGGACCCUGUUUUACACGAUCUCUUCAAGCUGCAAGUCUGCAAGCAAUGUUCCAAAGACCACCCAGAAAAAUACGCCUUAUUGACGAAAACAGAAUGUAAAGAAGACUAUUUUUUGACUGAUCMCGAAUUGAAUGACGAAGAGUUGUUCCAUAGGCUUGAGAAGCCCAAUCCUCAUUCUGGUACCUUUGCAAGAAUGCAACUGUUUGUUAGGUGCGAAGUGGAGGCUUUUGCAUUCAAAAAAUGGGGUGGGGAAGAAGGCUUAGAUAAGGAAUGGCAGCGCCGUGAAGAAGGCAAAUCGCAAAGAAGAGAGAAGAAGUACGAAAAGAAAAUCAAGGAAAUGAGACUGAAAACAAGGGCUCAAGAAUACACCAACAGGUUAAGGGAGAAGAAGCAUGGGAAGGCCCAUGUUCAUAACUUCAGUGCCCCCAUCGAUGGAGGAACUGAUGAAGACGGAUAUCAAAUUCAGAGACGCAGAUGUACAGAUUGCGGGUUGGAAACUGAAGAAAUCGACAUUUAA